UUUCCUAAGCAUAUCUUCACCUUCUUCAUAUCCUCCAAGUGUCUCUUUGAAAAUAUAUGCAACUUUCCUUCCUUUACACCACUAAAACAUGAAAUCCCAGAAGCUAUUCCUUCUACUAGCCAUACUCAUUAUGGCUUUGAGCACCAUCGCUCUCUCUGCAACAUCAAAUGCUGAUGAAACAUUUCUCAAUAACGACAAGGAUGAUAAUGCUACAACUGAUGAGGAUUUCUCGGAGACCGAAGACCAACCACAGACAACAUUGACUCCUCUUAGGGGGAUUAGCCGCUUCCUUGCGUCACGAAAUCAGAUGACAUGCAACAAAUACCCGAAGGUGUGUCGCGCCAAGGACAGCCCCGGUCCAGAUUGCUGCAAGAAGAAAUGUGUGGACACAUCGAGUGAUAGAGUAAACUGCGGCAAAUGUGGGAAGAAAUGCAAGUACGCGGAGAUAUGCUGCAGAGGAAAGUGCGUGAAGCCAAUGACUGAUGAGAAACACUGUGGAAGUUGCAAUAACAGGUGCAGCAAAGGGAACAAGUGCUUGUAUGGGAUGUGCAACUAUGCAUAGAUAUUCAAAAACCACCACCAAAUUUAAGAGGAAAUGAAUAAUAGGAUAUAUAAAUUAUUAAGCAGUAGUUAGUUUGAAAAACAAAAAGGUGAGCCAUCAAUUGAUGUUUUUGAUAGGCUCUGCAUACACACACAUUAUGUCGGUUUGUGUAAUUACAAUUAAUAUGUUAAUUAAAUUGGGAUUUGUGAUGAUGUAACAUCGGGUUGUAAGAAUUCAAGUUUCAUGUACUCAUCAUUAGUAUAUAUGCGCAUAAUUAAAUUCUAUAUAUGUUUCUUCUUA